AUGACGACCAUCAUUGCUGCACCUACUGCUCACGCCGUUCCUCGAGACCAAGGACUGUCCAGUCUUGCCCAUCUCGCUGCCUCUGCUCCUCCAAUGGCAACAAGAACCACUCCUCCUGGCACGAACGCGUCAACUACUGUUGGGGAUUCUCCCAGAUCUGCGCCAAGGCACAGUGUUGAAGACAACGUCUCUCCCAAGAGUGCUCGCGCUGCUGGACUGCGAUCCGUCACAAAAAUUAAGAAGGAGCCACCGGCCUCGCCCAACCCAUCAGCAAAACCUCGUCCAAGAAGACUUGACCUGUCCGUACACGGAGCUACUGGCCGUGGUCCUCAGACUGCCCGUCCGGCUCCCUUGACAGCAAGAGACUCAGCUGGACUUGCUAUCCACGACCUCGGUGUUGCGUGCCUGUCGCCAGGUUUCCAGACUCAAGACCCGACCAUGAGGUCGCAACUCCAACGCAGUUUAGACGUAAGAGAGCAGCAACGUCAGAUCAUUGAGGCGCGCCAAAAGGGCGUGAAGCCUCCUUCUGACGCACCCGGUACUGGUCCCGGCGCCGAGUCAGCACAGUUUGGCAUGCCUCAGAGAAAUCCUUCAACAUCGCGAAGAAAGGGCCCUCCUCCGGGCUUGUCCAUCACAGCUCCAUCAGCUGCUACAUUCUCUAACGAGCGCGUUAUUCAAUCUGCUCCUCUGCACCACUCUUUCACAGGCUUGCGCCCGCACGCACAUCAACCUAGCGGUCUCAGCCAAACUAGCCACAUCCACCACGUCCCUGCCACACAGACUGCCAACCGUCUUCCUCCAAUCUCUGACGUCUUCGCCCACGAUAGCUUACAAGCACCUCCAUCGGCUCGCCCACCGACUGCCAUGUUCGCAACUGGCCAUUCUCCCAGCAUUGGUCCCCCUCCUCUCCAGAGUCCCAGCAUGAUGCAGCAUCAACACAACCAGGGCCCUUCCACGGGACGUGGACGGGAAUUCAAGAGCGCGGAAGAGGCUGUACAGGAAAUGUCCCGCGGACGUGAAGAUCUGCUGCCAAAGAUUGUGCACUAUGGCGGCGCACAACCACCCACACCCCCCUCGCCAAUGCCCCCGAGCCAGCAAUCCCAACACCCCGGGCACCCGCAGUCGUAUCCCCAUCCUCCUCAGCGUCAGUCACCCCACGCCUCCGGAGCUGCACGUGUCGACGCCCUCAGGUCAGAGCACAGCCAGUCCCAAAUGGCCGGUAGAAGACGCCCUCGCGACGAAUACGAGCGUGAACACGGCAGCCCGCUAGGCCAGCAAGAGGCCAAACGGGCCACAUAUCACCCCGAUGCCAGUGCCGACUGGCGCUCUGGCAUGAGCAACCAAGAAAAGAGAGAUGAGUUCUUGCGCUUGUGCUCGCGCGCCUGGGAUUUGUUCCACUCUUGA